CCUAGAGGUUGGCUGUAGGACUUGGUGGUUUGCUCAGACCAUCAAGGACACAGUGAGCAGACCCAGCUGUCUGCUCAGAGAAGAGGAGACUCACAGAGGGACUCAGGGCUGGCUACUGGGGCAGGAAACCCCAGGAUCCAUGCUUAGGUUUACCAGAGUCCUGCCUCAGAGUAAAGACGGUACCUCAGUGUCAUCGCCAAGGGCAGCGCUCCAGGCUGGUAGGGGGCAGCAGGAGGACACUGGUGUCAGCAGCAUGAAGCCGAAUUUCAGUGGCCUGAGGGCCCUGGUGACAGGGGCAGGGAAAGGGAUUGGGCGUGACACUGCGAAGGCCCUGCAUGCCUCAGGAGCCAAAGUGGUGGCUGUGACUCGAACCAACGCAGACCUAGUCAGCCUUGCCAAGGAGUGUCCUGGGAUAGAGCCCGUGUGUGUGGACCUGGGUGACUGGGAGGCCACAGAGAAGGCGCUGGGCGGUAUUGGCCCCGUGGACUUGCUGGUGAACAACGCAGGGGUGGCGCUGUUACAGCCUUUUAUAGAGUCUACAAAGGAGAUCUUUGACAGGUCCUUCAACGUGAAUGUGCGUGCCGUUUUGCAGGUAUCCCAGAUAGUAGCCAAGGGCAUGAUUAACCGUGGUGUGGCAGGAUCCAUUGUCAACAUCUCCAGCAUGGUGGCCUAUGUCACCUAUCCUGGCCUGACCACCUACUGCUCUACGAAGGGAGCAAUCACUAUGCUGACCAAAGCCAUGGCCAUGGAACUGGGGCCGCACAAAAUCCGGGUAAACUCCGUAAAUCCCACUGUGGUGCUGACUGACAUGGGCAAGAAAGUCUCUGCAGAUCCUAAGUUUGCCAAGAAGCUCCUGAAGCGCCACCCACUGAGGAAGUUCGCAGAGGUUGAGGACGUCGUCAACAGCAUCCUCUUUCUGCUCAGCGACAGCAGUGCCUCUACCACUGGCUCUGGCAUCCUGGUGGACUCUGGCUACCUGGCCUCCUAGACUGCCCAGAUGGCACCUAUGGACCCCUGGAGGCCUCCCUGGCUCCACCCUUACACCAUGACCCUGCCUUCAUCCCAGAUUAACAGUUCUGCUUCCCUUCUGUGGAUCCACCCCAGCCCAUCCACAAACCCAGACUCCAGGAUCUCUCCCCUCCAUAUCAGCUAGACUGUGAUCAUUUUGCCUAAAUAAACGCACCAUAGUAUGUCUUA